GCUAUCGCCUGUACUCAGUCUUGCGGGGUUGUAAACUGGGAGCAGAUGCCGAGCCCUUGACUUGUCGGGCCAUUUGAGUACUAGUAUGCCCCAUUGCGUCACGCGCGGCCGUUGGCCACGCCCAAUGAAUGCUUGUCUGCCACGUUGACAUGUUUGUAGAAGACUCAUUACGGCUGCCCAGAGUUCGCCCUUUCAAUACUCCGGUAAACUCGAACCGAGCCGCCGCCGCCGAUUCUAGAGCCUGAACAGUAAUCCACAGGAGGGAGGGAGAUAGACAGCUACAGGAGAGAUCCCCACGUCCCACAACAAAGUGAUUUUGUGGCACAUCCUGUUUGGAAUCCGCAGCGCUGGUAGCUGUCGCACGGAACCCGGCGAGGGGACCUGGGUACUACUUGGACGGCAUCUGCGGUCGUCUUGCUGCCGAUUCUCUCUUCCACUUCAACGGACAAGCAGCCCUCCGUGAUCCUGCCCGCAACCAUGGCCUCUAAAAAUGGCAACAGACAGAGUACGGAAGAACUGAGGAGACGGCUGUGUAAACCGAUCGGUCCUUCCGCUAAAGGCGUCUGUAGCGGUACACGUGAGUUUGAGAAGCAGCAACAGCAGUCGCCAUUCCCGACACCCACUAUUGUAGACGCCAGAUCCAUAACGCCGGAGGAAUUCAACAACAUGGCGGCUGUCGCCACCGGCAAAGUGACAAAGGGCCGUGAUGGGUCUUCCACACAACAGCGUGAAUUCCUCCAAGCGGGGCAAGUAUUUCUCACCCAGAAUAAUAUGAAUACUGGUUUCGCUUUUGCUAGCUCUGCUCCAUUCCUCACGAGCAAUGUCCCAAGCUAUGAAAAGCAUCCACGGGCGUGCGUGCAAGAAUCCCUGGCUUCCCUGAAGAAGGGCUUGGUGGAUUAUCUCUCUAGAGUGAACAACGCUAAGCAGAAAGGUGUAACAGAGAGACCUAAAUUUCCUGAAGAAGCAGCAUCACAGCCUUGGGCACAGAAUGGAAGGGUGGGAGGGAAACCAUUUCACAGUUCAACCAAAGGUACAGCAGUGCCCGCAGCCCAUAUCAAACCCCUGCCACCAACGCCAAAAAAUGAGGCGGCAACCGAAUACCAGGUUGUGUCCAAGCCACAGCCGUACCCGGGCCCCCGCGCCAUUCACAAAGUGCCAAACUCUGAACCGCCGGAGAUAAAGCCGAUUGAUCUAUCACAAGCGAACUGCAGACAACCCUGCUCAUCAGACAACCAAGCAUCACUCAAAGAGGAGAUCGACCACCUGAAGGAAAAAAUUCUUGAAACUGAGAAAGAUCUUCAGAAGAUUGGGAGUACGAAAGACGACGGUUUUGUUUCUGGCUCGACUGAUAUCUUCCAACAACACGAACCAAUCGAUCUGACCGUUAGCAAAAAGUCCAACCCUAAAGCACCCUUGCCUUCUGCAACAGACCUCCACAGUAGCGGCAAAGAUUGUCCAGACAGCAUCAUUGAGGGAAAGAGAAGCCUACGGGCCUCGACCAAAACCGACACCUUGGCCACAAGAAACAGCUUCCUCCAAGCUAAGCGCAAAAGAGGCAAAAGAAAACCCAGUAUCGAACUCCAUCUUUCCGGAGAGUCUGGGAAACCUUCGCCACACAACGGCCUUCCUGUGAAAUAUGGUCGUCAGAUGAUGCUUCCAGAUUGCCGUUCUACACAGAAAGCGGGGACAACAAAAGUGCCUGUCCACGGAAAGACUGACAAAGGUAUCUCCAGCAGCAGGAAACGACAGUACGACAGGUCCAUCCAUCCUGGUGACAGACCCGUCUGUCCUACUGUGGGAAAACAUGGCCGUCUCGAUGAGAUGGUCCAGGCUCUGUCCAAGAGACUCGGUGAUGCCUACAACCCCUGGUACGGAAUAGACUAUCGGUAGUACGGAUCGUACUCAUGUAUUUGAAUACUAGUACAUUUUUAUUUACUGCUUUCAAAGGAGACAAUUUGUAGUAAUAGUUUGACUGCUGAUAAGGUAAGAUAUCUAUAUUUCACGCUAUAUCAUGUUUAUGGAAAAGUUUUUAUAUCGCAUCUUUCACGAUGUCAUUGACGUUACGUUUGUGAUGAUAGCUUUUCGCUAAGAAUUACAUUUCAAUUUGCACUUUGUUUUUUCGUACGUUGCCUCAUAUAUACUAGUAGUCGGACGUGAACUUUAUCUAAUGUUUGACAUCUUCCACAUGAGAAUAGAUAGCUUUUCCUCUUUCUAUCUCAGUUGAAUGAUUCUCUUAAUCGGUAUAUAUAUACGGAGAGCUAAAGGGUAUAAACAGAAAAUAUGGCGUCCGAGUCAACUUGAAUACACGACAGUGCAUGAUGAUGGAAAAGAAUCGUGAUAUUUGGUAUUACAUUCAAAAUCUUCAUAUAUCGAACACGUUCAAAGAA